AUGCCUCAGACAAGUGUCACCACUAUGGUGUGGUACAAGCAGAGCAUUGGCGAAAGUCCUACACCAGUGGCUUUGUCCUAUAAUUACCUAAGUGAUACCAAAUUUGUGGAUGAGUUUCAAAAUGGUACAGAGACAAAAGUGAAUAACAUAAAACAGCCUAUGUUGGAGUUGGUUCAUCCAAGAGACUCUGUGACUCUUCAGUGUUCUGUGCUCACUGAGAGCUGCUCAGGAGAUCACAGUGUGUACUGGUUCAGACGUGGAUCAGGAGAAUCCCAUCCAGGAAUCAUUUACACUCAUGGAAACAGUAACGGUCAGUGUAAGAAGAUGACCAAGACUCUUUCUCCUACACAGAGCUGUGUCUAUAAACUCCCCAAGAGAAACCUCAGCCUCUCUGAUGCUGGAGCUCACUACUGUGCUGUGGCCAUGUGUGGAGAGCUACUGUUUGGGAAUAGAACUGCACUGAAAAUAAUGGAUACUGGAAGGGAAGAUGAUUGGGAUCCUGUAAUUCUUGGCUUUGCUUGUACAAAUGUCCUUUUUGUGGCUGCAAUUGUUGUACUAGUUUUUGAUCUGUACAAUAACUGGAGAAAGAAGAUUAAAGGGGCCACAAAUAAUUUAACAGACCAGCCACAUCAGGCUCUCAGCCCUGCUCUGCAGCACACAGAUGAUCUGAAUUAUUGUGCUGUGAGCUUCCUCCCAGACCAUUCAACAUCAAGAAAGGCCAGAAGAACAACAAGCAAGGAUUUGUCUGUGUAUGCAGACGUCUCCUUCAAACCAAAGGACUGAAUCUUCCUACAGCAAUGCUAAAAUAGUACAGUUACUCCUUGAACUUGAAGCUCAUUUAACAUUAAAAAAAUUGGAUUGCUAUAAUCCAUGUUAAAAAAAACAACAACCUUUUAAGCCUAAAAUUGUCUGUGUGACUGUAAGUGAUUAUUACACAAAUGACCCAUAUAA